AACACGGAUAAUUUAUGAUUGAAUUUUUCAUUUAUUCUCUGGAACACAAAAGACGAAGACGUGCGAGUAACAUCUUGCUGCCACACUUCCUAGACUGGUAUUUUAUUUUGACAUGUCAAACCGGAAUUCACGUUGACACACUCAAAAGUAUUUAAGAAGAACAAGGCGCCACAGUUGCAAGGUGGUACAUUUAUCUCUUAACUAAGCAGAGAUGGAAGAUGAGCUGGAGCUAUUCAUCAGGGAGCGCAAGGAAAGAGUGGCUCAAGAUAGAGCUAGUUUGGAUCUAGAGCCUCCUUACAUGGAAGUCUUGGCAAAACCUCACGGAAGCUAUGGGUCGCUGUUCAAGGAGAACAUUCCUCCCAAGUUAACUGCACAGAAAAAGGAGGAAAGCAACGACGUUGGGCUGCCGCUUGGCUUGGAGUACGAAAAGAAAAAAAAGAAACUCCAGCAUGAACUUCGUAUGGAUUAUAGACGCCACAUUGCACAGCAAAAUGGUGCCCUCAAACAGCGCCCCCCAUCGCGGAGGGAUGUAGCCACACUGACAGAAGCCAGUAAAGAGUAUCACAGAGCUCUUUCCUCUCCUGAGAGUGCCAGACACAACAUCAGAAGAGAGAUGCCUGAUGAUCAGGAGUCAGACGAGGAGAAGUACACUAGCAAGAGGCAAACAGAGGUCAGAUGUAGUAGACAAAGGGUGUUGGAGUCCUGUUAUGAAAAGCACCAUGGGAAGGAUGAUUGCAGGGAGGAUAGGGAGAUUCCUUCAGGUUUUGUCCUACAAGGCAGGCGAUCAAGAGCACUGAACAAAGCAGAUGAGGCAGAAUUUUCUACUGGCCUUUUAAUUGGAGUAAUUGAUACUGAAGAAGCCUUACAGAUGAGGAAAGAACGCUACAGAGAGCAGCUGCAGGAACAGAUAGCCGAGCAUUACAGAAAUAAAAAGAGGGAAAAAGAGUUGGAGCUAACAGUUGCUGCAACUGGGGCAAACGAUCCAGAGAAACAGCCAAACCGAAUCAGGCAAUUUGGCACGAGCAGAAGAAAAACAUCUCGCCUGUCAGGGCGUUCAAUGUUAGGACAGAGCGAAGAAUCCUCAUCCACAUCAUCAUCCAACUUGCCUAAUCAUGGGGUGACUGAUGUGGGAGGUAGGAGGGCGCCUCCACCAGAUCAGCCCUAUGUCGCAUUUUGGGCUUCUCCAGUGUACAGCUGUGGCACUGCGGAUCCAAAUAGAGGUAGGCUGUCUCCUGAUAGACAGCCUGUUAUGCUGCCCUUCCCUAGACCCAUGGAAACUUCCAGAACUCCCAUGAUUCCCCCUCAUCUCCCUCACAUAGUUAGUGAAGCAAACAAGAGUCCCUUUCGAGAGCCUUAUUACUACUAUGGCAACAGAACCAUGCUUGACCCACACCUUGCCUACUAUGGUCAUAUGCCUUACCAUGCAGUGGGACCUCACAUGUCUUACUUUAACAUGCCACUGGAAGGAGCUGUCCCCUAUCAUCUUAGUGAUGCCAGUCCCCAAAGUGGGAGCAGUUUCCCUGAGUCCUCACCACAGCCCAAUACUGACACUGUUACAACAAACCCCCAUACUGGGGUUAUCCCCCCAGAGAAGCCUCAUUGCAGGCCCAAUACUGACACUGUUACAACAAACCCCCAUACUGGGGUUAUCCCCCCAGAGAAGCCUCAAUCAAACAGGAGAAGGACUUUGAAUUAUGCAGAUGAACUAAAACAACAGAUCCUGGAGAAACAAGAGCGGAAGCGUGCGGAGAGGGAAGAGCAGGAGCGUUACGAGGCCAAGUUGGAGGCCGAAAUGAGGCGACUUCAGCCUUGGGGUCGGGGUGGAGGUGGAGCCCCACUCAAAGACCAUACAGGGAAUGUCAUUGCUGACCUCAAACAGAUGCACAAGUUGAAUGAAGUGGCCCUUAGUCAUCCGGAGCAGCAAGAGAGAGCCCUUGCUAUGAACGCAGCCUGUCGAGCUGGGGCUAAUGAAAGCAGUAUUACUGGCCACCCGAGACACCAGCCUAAUGAAGAAGCCCACAGUAACCCAGAACAGCAACAGAGUGCACCAUCUAUCAAUACAGCCUGUCCAGGCUUCAGCCAUGUUCAAACGCCGGAGAUUUCCAACCAGCCAACACGUCCACAAGCCACUGAGAAUGCGUACAGGGCUUACCUGGACCAGCAGAUUAAAGAGAAAAAACAAAAACAAGCUGAGGAGAAAGAACGGAACAGACUGCAGGAAGAAAAAGAUGCGAGGAUAUUGGAAGAGUAUCAUGCUACCAUGAAGAGGCGUUUUGAAGAAGAACAAGAGAAGAUGAAACAGAAAGAGAUGGAGAAAAAGGCCAAAGAAGAAGAACUACUGAACCUCGCAAAACAGAGAAAGAUGGAAGAGGAGAGAAAAAAGACAGAAGAAAGGGAGAAAGCACAGAAGAAAAAACAUGAACAAGAACAGCAGGCCCAGGUUAAGGUCCACCAGGAAGCACCUCCACGAUCUCCUCCUCUACAGAGGAACCACGUACCACACCAGGACACUCCGAAACCCCCCAUUGCAGAGAGCAGUCGCUCCCAAGACCCGCUGCCUGAGAGCUCUUUGUCUGGCCACCAUUCUCCCCCUGUUCCUGCUCGUAAGAAUCAACUAAGAGCUACAGGGAAUAAAACGGACGUAUACAGUGAACUGUCGGCAUUGCGUCGGCAGCUUCGCGCUGAGCAAAGGCGACUUGAGACUCAUCUGCAGCAGGGGGAUUGUGAUGAUACGGACUACCUAAUGACUGGAAGAAAAUCACACCAACAACUGGAUGUUUUUGAGAUGGCGAGGUUGAAGCUUCAGGCUCCGGUUCGAAAGCCUCGCUCCAGAAACAUGGAACCAAGUAGCCUGUUGCGAAUUCAUGACUCCCUUCAGCUUGAUAAAACAGAUGGUGGAUCCAGACUCUGCUCCAGUCAGGUGGAGCGAUUGGAGAGAGUGGGUGUGGCCAACAGGAGGGGGCGGGUCGACAAUGAUCUACUUCAGAAAAUCAGUAGCCAGAGGUCCACAUGCACCAAUGAGUAUUUUGACACGUCCCCACCCCGUCAAAGAGAUCUGAUGAGGGAAAAACAACAGGGGAGUGUGAUAGGUCUACAAGCAAGAGGUUCGCUUUUGGAGUCGGAUAGCGCUUUUCUUGCCCCUUUGGGAGAUGAUUUUCCUGUGCCAAGCUCACCAGAGGCUGAGGAGACAUCCCAACUUUCAGCCAGGGAAAGGAGGAGGUUGACCAAACAGUCCCAGAAUUCCCCGGAACGAGAAAAUGAUGUCCAUCCAGGUAGCAGUAACCGAGGAGAGGCAGAGUCAAGCAGUGAAGGAAACAGCCAGGAAAAGAUGUCCCCCGAAAGUCGCGGCAACACAGCAGGAACAGUGGAUUUGUAUGGUGAUGAUGAUGAUGAUUUUUUACCUCCCCAAAUUUCUCGCCUCACUCACAAUCGUCAAAGUUCAAUGGAAUCCUCCUCAACGGAUCUCUGGAUGCGACCUGGUACUUCAGAAACUCUCAAAUGUUUAGAGGAAUCUGUGAAAAGGGACCCAUUGACAACAUAGCUUUUACUGGCUUCUAAAAUGCUGUAGUUAAUUCUUAUAGUUUAAUGUGAAAGAACGUUUUCUAUCAGGAACUUAGCGAAGUUACAGGGCAAAGUUUGCUUUAAUUUAUUUUACAAUACAAUAAUAAAAAUUUAAAUAUUUUUGAUGUUUUAAUUGGUGCUUUUUCUUUCCAAUGUUUUAUUUUUUUACUUCCGAUUCCUCAAAUGAGCUAACGAGUUCGGUUUCUAUAACAAACUGCUUUUUUGCUAUCUGAUGACAAAGCUUAACUUGUUUGAGAAAUCAGCUGCUACUGGGAAUGUCUCGGCUGGAUGACGAUACAAGUUUGACCAGAGACAAUUUUUGCAGUUGCAAAUGUAAGGCCAUGAAAACAAAAGCUCUUAACAUAUUUCAGAACACAUCUUGCCAAAUAGAGACAAAUGAAAAGCCAAAAAAAUGGCGAUGGCUGAGAGUCCAUAACGGAUGUUAAUGUUUAAAAAAAAAAAAAAAAAAGCAUUUUUUAACAAAAUCCUCUACAAUGUGUUUUUUUUUUUUUUUUU